AUGGCACCGGCGACGACUGCGACUGCUGUGGGCGUUUCCGGCGACUCGACAUUCUGGGACCGCGUAACAAAGUGGGCCUCCGAGAACAAGACGGUCGUCUAUACUGCUGCCGGUGUUGCUGUUGUUGUCACCGGCGCGGGGGUAGUAUACUAUCUGAAUGCUCGACCAUCCGAAGGCCAGGCGGGUCACAAGCUAAGUAAGAAAGAGCGGCGGAAACGGAAAGAGGCCGAGCGGAAAGCAGCAGCCGCAGCAGAAAAGGCCAUAACAUCCGGGAGCGAUGCCGGCUCCUCCAAACAGUCUGCGACCGCAUCGGUUGCGGCUGAGGAGGAGCUACCAGAGAUCACCGAGACCACCGUUCAAGUAAUGGACGCCGAGGAGCGCAAGAAGAUGGCACUGAGGUUGAAGGAGGCCGGCAACAAAGCUUACGGAGCGAAGAACCUCGAGGGGGCUAUCGAUCUUUACUCCAAGGCCAUUUUAUGCAAGCAGGACCCGGUAUAUUACUCGAACCGCGCAGCCUGCUAUAGCGCAUUGAGCGAGUGGGACAAGGUAGUUGAAGAUACUACGGCGGCCAUCAAUAUCGACUCCGAGUACAUCAGAGCGCUGAACCGGCGCGCGAAUGCCUACGACCACCUAGGCAAAUACCGCGAAUCGCUUCUCGACUACACAGCCAGCUGUAUAAUUGACGGAUUCAAGAACGAAGCCAGCGCCCAGGCCGUGGAGAGACUGCUGAAGAAAUUUGCCGAGACAAAGGCGAAAGAGCUGAUGGAGACUCGACCAGCAAAGCUGCCGAGCCCUACCUUUGUUGGCAACUACUUGCAGAGCUUCCGAGCCAAGCCGCGUCCCGAAGGCCUCGAUGAUGCGGCUGAUUUGGAUGAGAGUACUGGCAAGGGUCAGCUGCGGUUGGGCCUGCAGUCGCUGGAGAAGAAGACGGCUGACGGGUAUGAGGAGGCUUCCGCGGCAUUCGAAAAGGCGCUGGAGCUUGGGGACCUGGGCGAGUAUGAAGCUCUGGCCUACAACUUGCGCGGUACUUUCCUCUGUCUCCUUGGCAAGCAUGAGGCGGCUUUGGCGGCUCUGACUACAAGCAUCGAGUUGGACGAGACCAUGACGCAGAGUUAUAUCAAGCGCGCCAGCAUGAACCUUGAACUUGGGGCGCCUGCCAAAGCGGAGGAAGAUUUCGCCAAAGCUUUGACUCAGAACGACUCAGACCCAGACAUCUACUACCACCGAGCCCAGCUCCACUUUAUCAAGGCAGAGUUUGGUGAGGCGGCCAAGGACUACCAGAAGUCGAUUGACCUUGACCGCGACUUCAUCUUCUCCCACAUCCAAUUGGGAGUGACGCAGUACAAGCUCGGAUCGAUCGCCUCGUCUAUGGCAACAUUCCGGCGCUGCGAGAAGAACUUUGCCAAGGUUCCGGACGUGUAUAACUAUCACGGCGAACUGCUCCUAGACCAGACCCGGUACCAGGAUGCUAUCGAAAAGUUCGAUAAAGCUAUCGAGAUGGAGAAGGAGACGAAGCCCAUGAACAUGAACGUGCUGCCUCUUAUCAACAAGUCACUCGCUCUGUUUCAGUGGAAGCAGGACUUCUCCGAAGCCGAGAAGCUGUGCUCAAAAGCCCUGAUCAUCGACCCGGAGUGUGAUAUUGCGGUAGCCACAAUGGCACAGCUCCUCCUGCAGCAGGGCAAGGUGACAGAGGCACUCAAGUACUUUGAGCGGGCAUCAGACCUGGCACGGACGGAAGGCGAGCUCGUCAAUGCUCUGUCGUAUGCUGAAGCGACACGAACACAGAUCCAUGUGCAAGAGAAGUAUCCGGCUCUAGCUGCCAAGCUGCAGGGUAUGAGUGGCCCCGGCUUGCGUUAG